AUGACAACCGCUAAAUUAUCUGCAGCAACGCCGCCACCACAAGCAUCGGAAAAUGGAGCGAUCAAUCCGAGAUGGCUAUCAGAUUUACAAGGCCGAUUGACAAAAUCCCUUUCUCUUAAACUUUCACCUGAGGACGCUGGAACGGUGAAAGAUCGACUGGCGUAUCUGGACAAGAACUGGCUCGUGCUUUCUGCUGGUCGAGAAGGGUUCUUGGCCGAGCCUGAAAGAAGAGGAGUUGAUGGCCACGCAAUACAGUGGGGAGAUAUGGAUUUGAUGGUGAGACAUGUCAAUAAUGUCAUCUAUAACCGGUUCGCCGAGUCUGGUCGUGUCAACUGGACACGAAAGCUUGCCCAGUUCACGGAUCCCAAGUAUGAGCAGGAAUGGUUUGAUCUUAUGACACCAAAGGGCAUCGGUCUCAUAUUAGCAAGUAUUAGAACAGACUUUAAAUGUCCCAUGACUUUUCCGGACCGCAUCACAGUUUUGCACAAACUCGUCACAAAGCCAGAUUAUAGCUCCGAUCGCUUCUACCUAGACGUUGUCGUGUAUUCGGAGCAGCAACGGCGACCGGCAGCAAAGUGCUUUGAGGAUAUCGUGGUGUACGAUUACAAGGCUGCGAAAAAGGCCCCUUUAAAACCGUUCAUGGUUGAUGAGUUGCGGGCGACGUUUGACCUGCAAGAACAGCGAAAAGAGGAUACAGAAAAGAAGAUAGCUGAGUUACAUGAGUUUGUCGAGCAGGUGGAGGGUAGCGCUGGUACAGUAUAG